AGCAAUAGUUAUAAAGUUCCAGCGAAGCUUGAAAUGAAUGGAAAAAAUGGGAGCGACCGUAAAAUGGAGGGUUGCUUGAUCAAAUGCUCUCACGGCGGCAGCGCUCUCUUGAAAACCCUUAAACCUCUUCAUCAUCCCAAAACCCACAUUCGCUGCUUCUCUUCAACGCCAAUUCGCUCCGGCGAAGCCCUCCGAUCGCCUCGCAGAGCCUACGACGCAUUGUUGUUGGACGCCGGAGGCACUCUCUUGCAGCUGGCCAACCCCGUCGAAGAGGUCUACGCCUCCAUAGGAACCCAAUACGGUGUGACUGCAACUCCAGCUGAAAUCAAGCAGGGGUUCAGAAGAGCCUUCUCUGCUCCUUGGCCUCAAAAGCUCCGAUACCAGGGAGAUGGGAGGCCAUUUUGGAAACUAGUUGUUUCAGAAGCCACUGGUUGUUCUGAUCUUGAUUAUUUCGAACACGUCUAUCAGUACUAUGCUAGAGGUGAUUCAUGGCGUUUACCCGAUGGAGCUUAUGAAACAAUGGUACAUCUCAAGGAUGCUGGAGUUAAGCUUGCUGUUGUAUCGAAUUUUGACUCCCGCUUAAGGAAGCUACUCGAGGAGCUGAAUGUGUUGCAUCUGUUUGAUGCUGUUAUCAUAUCUUCAGAGGUUGGUUCUGAAAAACCAGAUGCAAACAUAUUUAAAGCUGCUUUAGAUCAAACUCAUGCGGAUGCUGGCAAGGCAGUACAUGUUGGUGAUGAUGAAAAUGCAGAUAAGAUUGGGGCCAAUGCUGUUGGAAUUGAUUGCUGGUUAUGGGGCAAGGAGGUGAAGACAUUCUCCGACAUUCGAAAUAGAAUUCUCAUUUCAGAGUCAUAGCUUUCAAAAGGAACAGGUAUCACACCGAGGACAAACUUCCUGAAUCUAUGUAGUAAAAUAACCUCCAUUGCUUCAGAAGAAGGUUUUACAAUGUAACAUACAAAAUAACCAACAUUUCUGAUCUCUUUAGUGAUUCAUUAUAAGAUUUCAGCUGCCUCGCUAUUAGAAA